AUGGCCAUGGAAGAAGCGUUGGCUAGACAUGAUCGUUUUGGAGAGGACUUCAGCAAGGUAUUCACCAUAAUAAACUCCGCGGAGAUCCCUGCGGUUGAGAAUAGCGCCUUAUAUUUAUUCGUGGGCACUUCAAGAACUCCUGAUGAGGCGUCGAAGUAUGUUCGCGUUUCCCAGAACACUCAGUCUAGUACUUUGGAGGAGACUCUUCAUUUAAUACAUGAAGAGCUGAAGAUCCUAUCAAAGAAGAUGACCCGAGAGGAUCCCAUGAAUUCGGACCCAGAGAUUGAGGCUGCGCUUUAUGAGCGUGAUUGCGGUCGCUGUUUUAUCACCGGCCGUACUGCAGGCGCUCAGCGCAUAUAUAUCAUUCCUCCAUCGAUUCUGAAAGACAAAGAUCUACAGCCAGGGAGAGAAUGUUCCCAAAAACCUCAAUCUUAUGGAGCCUUCGAUCCGAUACUCUUUUCGCCAUGGAUAUUUGAGAUCAUCAAGUCACCAUACUUGGAGCCUCCAUAUCUACCGACGGACGCCCUAAAAUCCAAGAAUGGCGGAUGGUGGCUUCAGCCCAUCGCCCCUCAGUUGGAGGUAGCACAAAUAAUACCUCACAACAAUGAACUAUACAAGGUCCAGUUGAUGAUAAAUUUCAUUAGCCAUCCAUUGCCUGCACAUCUGCUACUAAAAACCCAUAGAAUUGUUAGCCACCCACUGCACACUAUCUAUAUCGAAGAGCAUAUAAAAGCAGGUUGGCCCGUUGAACCGGAGCCCGAGGAACUGAACUGGGUCGGAAGGCUUUUCCUACAAAUACUCCUACGCGUUAUACCCAACUUUGCACGCAUACAGCUUUAA